AUGGCACGCCUCCUCCCCCUGGCCGGCCUCCUCCUCCCUCCCCCCUUUAUAUAUGUGGGAGGGGGGGCCACACCGCUCAUAGCUGGACUUGCUGUGGCAGCCACUGCUCUUGCGGGUAGAUAUGGCAUCCAGGCUUGGCAAGCUUACAAGGCAAGGCCCAUAGUUCCAAGGAUGCGUAAAUUCUAUGAAGGUGGCUUUCAAGCUACAAUGACCAAACGGGAAGCUGGUCUAAUCUUGGGUAUCAGGGAAAAUGUCCGUCCUGAUAAGGUGAAAGAGGCACACAAGAGGGUCAUGGUUGCCAAUCACCCAGAUGCAGGAGGAAGCCAUUACCUUGCGUCGAAGAUCAACGAGGCAAAAGAUGUUUUGCUGGGGAAAACUAAAGGAGGUGGUUCAGCCUUUUGA